AUGGGCAGUUUAGAAAAGGAAAAUGGAAGAGAAUUACCUUUCGAAAGGAAGAAUCAAAGCAGGAGUCGCGGAGGUUAUUCCCUUCAUCCUGCGUCGGAGGCAGAUGGGCUUGAUUUAACGACGGUAUUUACUGGUAACUCGAACAACUUUCUCCAUCGAAUGCCCAAACGAGAAGUUGCUGCAACUAAAGAUACUUGUAAUGUUCCCAAUUCCUAUGAUUGUUCAUCUCCCAUCUACACACAGCCUCGUUAUUUGCCUCCAUCCAAAUUGUUGGAUGCUGAUGUUUCAAACAAUGUUAUUGGCUGUGUUGUUAAAAACUGCAGAAUUCACCACUCUGUUGUUGGUCUUCGAUCUUGCAUUUCAGAGGGUACAAGCAUAGAGGAUACCUUACUGAUGGGAGCAGAUUAUUACGAGACUGAGACUGACAGAAAGUUUCUAGCUGAAAAGGGGAGCGUUCCAAUUGGUAUAGGAAAGAAUUCGUACAUCAAAGGAACCAUUAUUGACAAGAAUGCUCGAAUUGGCGAUGAUGUGAAGCUUACUAUCAUUAACAACGACAAUGUGCAAGAAGCUUCAAAGGAAACAUAUGGAUAUUUCAUAAAGAGUGGUAUUGUAAUGAUAGUAAAGGAUGCCUCGAUUCCUAGUGGAACUCUAGUUUGA